CCCCGAUCUGUUGCCACCUCGAAUUCACUCUUCCAGUCGCGACUUGAACCCGCGACUUUCUCAACACACCGCUACCGCCCCGACGUCAACAUGGCAAAGCAACCCGUCGCUUGGAAGAAGCGCAUUCUGCUGCCUUUCUGGGCUGUCAGGGUAGUGCUAAUGCUCUUUAUCAUCGGUGUUUAUGCCUGGGCGCUCAAAGUGUUGAGGGAUGAGGGAUACGACGACCUUCCAGGAAUCGGCGUUAUCGUCGUCUUCAUGCUCCUCAUAAUUGCCGUUCUACUCAUGGACAUCCUCCAAAUCCUCAUGUUCCUGCGCGAUUCCCUAAGCCCGCUCUCCUUCCUCAUCAUGAAUUCAGUACAAACGGCCUUCUGGGCAGCAGUGCUGCUGCUGGACCUUGUCUCUAUUGCAAAGAAGGAGUCGAAUGCUACGGGCAUCGGACUUGUCGUAUUCAUCUUUCUUACUUUCCUCGCCCUCCUCGUAUAUGCUGCGGUCGGCUUCCACCGUCAACGACAGCAAGCCAAACGCGGCCAUUACGCCCCGGCACAUAAUCCUGCAAUGCCCGCUCCGAACGCUCCAGCUGGGGUUCCAUCGCCGUACCAUGCUCCUCCUGUGUACCAGCAGAACACCGCAUACCAUUCGCCGGCCCACACUCCGGCGCCAACCCACAAUCCAUACCAGCCUCCGUACCAAGCUCACGGUGCUGCGGCGGACUACUACAAUGAGCAACCUGCAAAGCCGGCUCACAUGGUUUAAGAGAUGCAAGACUGGUUGGACGAAGGCGUUACGGAGAAACCUUCAAUCUCGGCAUGGAUGACGUCCAUGAUAGGAACUGCUAGCGAUAUGGCCUAUGAAAUGGACUUAAUGCACAAGGUCCGCCAUUGAUUCAUAUGAA